CGCUGGUGAAUUUAUCGUACGCGAUAUAUAGAUAUGACUCUCAGUGUCUCAAAACAGUUUCAAUCCAGAUUAUUGAGCACCAAGCUUUCAAAACAUGUCUGAGCCACCUGUCAUUGGCAAACAUCGAAUGAAUGAGAAGCAACGGCGCAUCGUAGAGCAACGAAAUUAUGCACUGCUCGAGACGGUGGUGAGAGAACAGCUGGUCAAGUCACCGGAUGAACAACAAUCGAAGAUGUCGAAGGCAUCAUUCAUCUUCAAGUCUGCGAAACUUAUCAAAGGACUGGUACGAGAAAUCGAAGAUCUUGAAGGAAGUGUGGAGUCUGUAGCCGAGGAAAAUGCAGUCCUCGAAAGCUUACUGGAUGAUGCCGCGACAAUCCUUGCUAUUGGGAAACAAUACACGGUAUGA